AGUUCAGUGUAACAGACUGGCAUCUACUCUUUAAGGGAUGUUGGAUGGACGUGUUUUAGGUGUUUUGGACAUAUUUGCUUUAUUUUCAGAAUAACUGGCAAGUUUGACCUUUAAUGUACAUGUAAAGCCCAAAGAGACUCAUUUGAGACUGAAGCGUCACUGUUGAGACAAACAUGAGUCUCCUGAGACACAAUUACUGAAACCAUCCCAAACAGACUCGCUCAGAUCAACACGAGAGUCUCAGGAUCAGAUCUCAGAUCUACAGUGAAUCAUGGACUUCAGUGGAAGCUGGAAACUGUGUGAACAGGAGAAUGCAGAGGCGUUCCUCAGAGCCAUCUCAGUUCCAGAGAUUUACAUUAAAAUGAUGAAAGAAGUGAAACCUCUGACAACGAUUCAGCAAAACGGAGAUGAAUUCAGCAUCUGUGUGAAAACUCCCCUCAGGAGCAACACAAACACCUUCACCAUCGGCACCGAGGCCGAGUUCAACACCAUGGACGGCAAUAAGAUCAAGGCAACAGCUCGACUCGUCGAUGGAAAGAUUGUGAUUGAAUCGGAUAAAUUCACACACGUGAGGGAGAUCCAGGGCGAGGAGAUGAUCGAGACACUCACAGCUGGAAGUGCGACUCUCAUCCGGAGGAGCCGGCGCGUUUAACAGUUCAAUAAUGGAUGUUAAACUUUUAAUCUUUAAAUUUUUUUUUAUCUUUUUACUGUCUGAUAUGCAGUGAGAUCCAGGCAGAUGAAGACGUUGAUGAAACAUUUUAUUUUGUUGAAUGAAGAAAAUAAAAAUUAAAUAAAGUAAUAAUCAAUAAAGAAUAAAUGAUAACCUACUUUGAA